CGCAUCAGAACGUCAUGUCGAGCAAAAUAAGUAGAAGACAAGUAUUUUUGUACUGUUGCGUUGUAGCGCGAGAGCAAUUGCUUGCCGGUCGAUUCAGGGAUCAGUUAGCUUUGAGAAGAAAGACAGAAAAUUCGAUGGUCGAGUGAUGAUCGAGCGUUUGGGAAAGCAAUCGUUCGUCAAACGCUGGAAGAAAAGUACUCGAGAAGUACUCUGAAUCGGACUCUGAAGCUAUAGAUACACUGAUUGGUCCCUGACGAAUUGUGUUCGCGAGCUGAGGCAGGUGUACUUCACGUAGGCGCGCGCUGUUAGGCUCCGGAUUCGAAUUUGAUCUCGGCACACAGAAUCAGGCAUCAUAUUGCUGUUGUAUCAGCCGCGAAUUGCCACUUUCGCUCUCGCGCUGCACGAACACUAUAUAUUUCACAUGCAUAGGAUGAAGAAUCUCACUGGUGCGAAUCACUUUGUCGAAAUCGGAGUAAUCGGUGAUCGUCUCGGCUGCAAACUCUCUUAGAUCUGUGCGUGGUUUGAAACUCGCGAAGCGUAGCGUGGUGUUACUCCGAUUUGACGACGCGCCGUCAGAGAGAGAACCUCGAGACUAAUGGCUUCGUUUUGGCGACCAGGAAUUCAAGAACCGAGGCGUAUUGGGCAAACGAAAAAGCCGCUGCCAGGUGCCAGAAGCGUGAGUGUUGCUCUAUCGACACCCAACGAUCAGUCGGAUGUCAGCAGAACGUUGACGGUCAUGCAAUGGGCCCAGUUCAUUGCCAACGACAUCUCGUACACCCCGAUGCGUAAGAUGGUGUCAUCAGGAAAACCAAUCUCGUGUUGUCGGUCAGAUGGAAACCCCUUGUCACCUCGAUACGUACAUCCUGAUUGUUCCGCGAUCACGGUGCCCGACAGAGAUCCCGUCUAUGGCCAGCAUUACAUGAAUCAAGCGAGCCACUUUUUGGACGGUUCCGCGAUCUACGGCUCCACUUUGAAGAAAUCUCGCGAACUCCGUGAGUUCGAGGGCGGCCGAUUACGCGUUCACAAGAACAAGCACGAGUUCUUACCGAUCGGAGGAACUGAAUGCAAGGAUGGCUGCUAUGAUUCCGGUGAUUAUCGUGUAAAUACACACCCCCAAUUGGCUGUGAUGCACACUGUCUGGCACCGUGAGCACAACAGAAUCGCUAACAAGCUUGCUGAACUGAAUCCCAACUGGUCGGAUGAGACAUUGUAUCAGGAAGCCAGGCGUAUAGUAAUUGCUGAAAUUCAGCAUAUUACAUACAAAGAAUGGCUGCCGAUAUUGCUGGGCAAGAAAUACGCUCGGGCUGUUGGUCUUGUUGUUGAAAGUAGCUACAGUCGUAACUACAACUCCGAGGAUGAUCCAGCAGUUAGCAACGAGGUCGCGACAGCGGCAUUGCGUUUCAUGAUUUCCUUGAUGCAAGGAAAGAUUAGCUUAACAGACAAUAAACGCCAGAACAAUAAAACAGUUUCACUAGCGGAACAUUUCUUCAAACCGACGAUAAUCGAGUCGGAUGAAGUGUUCGACGGUUUAUUGCGUGGCAUGGCUACUCAGACCAGUCAAAAGAUGGAUAUUAACAUAGUUGAAGACAUAACAAGCAAGCUGUUUGCUUCAAAUGAAGAAAGUCUAGGUUUAGAUGCCAUCAGUUUAGACAUUCAGCGUGGUCGUGAUCACGGUUUGCCAGGAUAUAAUCAUUACCGCAAAUAUUGCGGUCUUUCAUCUGCAAAGAGUUUCGAUGAUUUCCUAGAUUACAUUCCAAUGGAGAUGAUAAAGAAAUUGCGUACAGUUUACGCUCAUCCAGAUGAUGUUGAUCUCAUUAUUGGUGGUAUGGUUGAACGGCCAGCAGAAGAUGGAUUAUUGGGUCCAACUUUCCGUUGUUUGAUCUUCGAACAAUUUUCAAGAACUCGUCGCACCGAUAGAUAUUUUUAUGAUUCUGCGUAUCAACCACAUCCUUUCACCCCUGAACAAUUAGCGGAAAUUCGCAAUGUAACGCUAGCGAGAAUAUUUUGCGACAAUGGUAACCACAUUACAGAGAUGCAACCAAAUAUAUUCCUUCGACCACAACUAGGAAAUGAGUUGAGGUCCUGCACGAUGUUCGAAGCAAUUCCCAGCGUGGAUUUAUUUGCCUGGGCAGAAAGGGCCAAGGCUUAUCGUUGAACUUCCCCUCUUAAUUGGCUGGUCACAUUGCCGCAUCGGUUCGCCCGGGUCGCGGGACGGGCGUAAUUUACAAACCACAAGACCACGAUAAGAUAUAGUAUAAUCGCAAAAAGAAAGAAAAAAAAAAUACCAGCGAUUGACUCCUAUAGAAUCUCGACGCAAUCUUACCAACACGCUCGAGAUCAAGAAAAUAAAAAAAAAAAAAAACAAGAGA